CCGACUGCUUUUCCAGGAGACCGGAGUAGAAGGCCAGCGAGAGAGAGCCCGCACAUGAGCAGGGGAGAGGGGCAGAGGGAGAGAGAGAAUUUUAAGCAGGUUCCAUGCUCAGUGCAGAGUCCGAUGUGGGGCUCAAUCUCAUGACCCUGGGAUCAUGACAUGAGCUGAAAUCGAGUUGGACCCUCAACUGACUGCCACCCAGUUGGUCAUAAUGGCAGGUGAAGAAAUUAAUGAAGACUACCCAGUAGAAAUUCAUGAGUAUUUAUCAACAUUUGAAAAUUCCAUUGGUGCUGUGGAUGAGAUGCUGAAGACCAUGAUGUCUGUUUCUAGAAAUGAGUUGUUGCAGAAGUUGGACCCCCUUGAACAAGCAAAAGUGGAUUUAGUUUCUGCUUACACGUUAAAUUCAAUGUUUUGGGUUUAUUUGGCAACUCAGGGAGUUAAUCCUAAGGAACAUCCAGUAAAGCAGGAAUUGGAAAGAAUCAGAGUAUACAUGAACAGAGUCAAGGAAAUAACAGACAAGAAAAAGGCCGGCAAGCUGGACAGAGGUGCAGCUUCAAGAUUUGUGAAAAAUGCCCUUUGGGAACCAAAACCUAAAAAUGCAUCCAAAGUUGCCAAUAAAGGAAAAAGUAAAAAUUAGCCUUUUAGUUUUGAUGUACACCUAUUGAAAAAGUACAUCAUUUUUAUUGUUUUCCACAAAAUAGAUGAUUAUGUGGCAAUACAAGGUUUAAAUGUAUUCCUUAUUGAAUUCAUAUAUAAAAUUUACAUUUUAAAUUUGUAAUGCUAAAUAUUUUUUCCCCAGAAAGAUUGUUAUCUUUAUUGAUUUUCCUAUAGACCACUAUGAGAUUUUUAACACUGUGGUAUAUUUUAUAUUUAUAGUUUAUCAUCUUUCUUGACAAGACUCUUAUUUCCCUAUACAGGUCAAUCUUUCAAGUACCAUUUUAUAAGCAACUAUGAAAUUUAAGUUAAAUGUUUUUUGUAAACAUUUGUCUAUUUUAAAUGAAUAAUGACUUUAUGAAGUAUGCUAUCUGAAGGCUGAAGUUAUAAAUACAUCUGUUUUCACUAUAUAAUAUUAAGAGAAUGAAAUGACUUAAAUGUCCAUUUUUUUCUAUGUUGUUACUUCAUGUUUUCAUGAUUUUGGGAAUUACUAUUUUCUUUUGAUAUUUGAAGUGUGAAAUUAAGACUUUAAGGUUAUAUUUUUAUUCUUGGCAAUUUGCCUCUAUGUCCCAUUUAAGGUAAAAUAUAUUCUCAUUAACUUCAGAUGGGAAAUGAGGUUGUAUAUUGAUGGCUGAAUUUUGGCAUAAUAGCUAUAUCCUAUCAAUAAAGGCUGUAAAGUUUGUA